AUGGCGGGGGGGGGGGAGGGCUCUGACGCCCCUCCCCACCCGCAGCGCCCCCCCCCGGCGGGGCGGGGGGGCCAUGGAGCACCGGGCCCGGUGAACGGGGAGGAGGAGGAGGAGCCCGGGGGGAGCGACAGGAGCCAGUCCCUGUCCCCUCCCCGUCCCCCGGUCACCGCGGGGGGGGGGACCCCAAAGACCGCUGACCAUCGCGACCACCCUGCUGACCACUGCCCUCACCGUGCUGACCACCCUGCUGACCAUCGCGACCACCCUGCUCGUCCCCCUGCUGACCACCGUGACCACCGUGCUGACCACCCUGCUGCUGACCACCGCGACCACCGUGGCCAUCGUCCCCCUGCUGACCACUGCGACCACCCUGCUGACCACUGCCCUCACCGUGCUGACCACCCUGCUGACCAUCGCGACCACCCUGCUCGUCCCCCUGCUGACCACCGUGACCACCGUGCUGACCACUGCGACCACUGUGGCCAUCGUCCCCUGCUGAGCACUGUGACCACCCUGCUGACCACUGGAAUCCCCCUGCUGCUGACCACCGUGACCACCCUGCUCGUCCCCCUGCUGACCACUGUGACCACUGCGACCACCCUGCUGCUGACCACUACCAUCACCCUGCUGACCACUGGAAUCCCCCGGCUGACCACUGGAAUCCCCCUGCUGACCACCGGCAUUUCCCGGCUGACCCCCGGCCUCCCCCGGCUGCCCACCACGACCGCCAUCCCCCUGCUGACCCUCACCCUGCUGGCCGCCGCCGCCCCCGUGUCCGCCUGCCCCGCCGUUUGCCGCUGCUCCGGCGGCCGCGUUUACUGCAACGACCGCGGGCUGACGGCCGUGCCCGAGGGGCUCCCUCCCGGCGCCACCACGCUGUUCCUGCAGAACAACCGCAUCGGUGACGCGGGCAUCCCGGCUCGCCUGGGCCGGCUGCCGGCGCUGCGGGUGCUUUACCUGUACGCCAACGCCCUGGAGCAGCUGCCGGCUCACCUGCCCGGCCUGCGGGAGCUGCACCUGCAGGAGAACAACGUGCGCGGCCUCUGCCGCCGGGCGCUGGCCCGGGCGCCGCUGCUCGAGCGGCUGCACCUGGACGACAACUCGGUGUCGGCCGCCGGCAUCGAGGAGGACGCGUUCGCCGAGAACCGAAGGCUGCGCCUCCUCUUCCUCUCUCGGAACCACCUGAGCAGCGUCCCCGCGGGGCUGCCGCCGGCGCUGGAGGAGCUGCGGCUGGAUGACAACCGCAUCCACACCAUCCCGCUGCGGGCGUUCGAGGGGCUGCCGGCGCUGCGGCGCCUGGUGCUGGACGGGAACCUGCUGGCGAACCAGCGCAUGGCCGACGACACCUUCAGCCGCCUGGGGAACCUCAGCGAGCUCUCGCUGGGCCGCAACGCGCUGGCGGCGCCCCCGGCCAACCUGCCCGCCGCCCGGCUCCGCCGCCUCUCGCUGGCCGCCAACGCCAUCAGCCACGUCCCGGCCGGAGCUCUGGCCAGGAUGAGGGCGCUGGAGAGGUUGGAUCUGUCGGACAACAACCUGACCACGCUGCCCAGGGGGCUCUUCGACGACCUGGGCAGCCUGAGCCACCUGGGGCUGCGCAACAACCCCUGGUUCUGCGGCUGCAACCUGGCCUGGCUGCGGGACUGGCUGCGGCGCCGCGCCCCGCCGCGCCUGGAGGUGCGGGGGCUGCUGUGCCAGGCGCCGGCCCGGCUGCGGGGGCUGCCGGUGGGAGAGCUCCGGGGGGAGAUGGACGCUUGCGAGAGCCCGGGAGGAGCGGGGGGAGCGGGCGCGGGGACGUCGCCCGGCGUUUCCUCCGCCGGCGUUUCCUCCCCCGCCGCACCGGGAGGAGCGGCCGCCGCCUCGCCGGGGCUCUGGGUGCAGGCGGCUCCCGGCGGGGCCCUGCGGGUGCGGUGGCCGCCGGCGCCUCCCGGGGCGUCGCUGAGGCUCAGCUGGCUGCGGCCCGGGGGAGCCGUCACCGAGACCCUGGUGCGGGGCGAGCGCGGCGAGUACGUGGUGCGGGCGCUGCAGCCCCGGGCCCCGUACCGGGUGUGCCUCGCCGCUCUGGAGCCGCCCGCCGCUCCCCCGCUCUGCGCGCAGGCCCGGGCCGGUGCCGGCGACCCCUCCCAAAGCGGUGCGGCCCCCCCAAGCCACGAAGGGGACGCGACCCCCGCGCUGCUGCCCCCGGCCGCGGCUCUGGGGGCGGCGGCGGCGGCGGCG